CCCUCAGCUCCUGUGCAGCGUUGGCCACUCUGAGGAGAAAUUUGGGUUCACCUAUGAGGAAAUCAUCAUCUGCCUGCGGUUAGCGCUGCUCAAUGAGGCCAAGGAGGUACGGGCGGCCGGUCUGCGGGCGCUACGCUACCUCAUCCGAGACAGCGCCAUUCUCCAGAAGGUUCUCCGCCUUCAGGUGGACUACCUGAUUGCCAGGUGCAUUGACAUCCAGCAGAGUAAUGAGGUGGAGAGGACGCAGGCUCUCAGGCUGGUGCGAAAGAUGAUCACUGUGAAUGCCCUGCUUUUUCCCAGUUCGAUCACCAACUCGCUGAUCGCUGUAGGCAACGAUGGGUUGCAGGAACGCGACCGCAUGGUGCGGGCGUGCAUCGCCAUUGUCUGUGAGCUUGCUUUGAAGAACCCGGAGGUGGUGGCUCAGAGGGGCGGCCUCAGCGCCAUCCUUAAGAGUGUCAUCGACUGUCAGCUGAGUCGCAUCAAUGAAGCGCUCAUCACCACCAUCCUGCACCUGCUCAACCACCCCCACACACGGCAGUACAUCCGCUGCGACGUGGAGCUGGAGCAAAUCCUGGCACCUUAUACUGACUCUCACUACAGGCACAACCCGGACACCGCCGAGGACCAGCUCAAGGAGGACAGAGAGGCACGGUUUUUUGCCAGCAAGAUGGCCAUUGUGGCAGCCUUUCGCUCCUGGUCAGGCAUCAUUAAUUUGUGUAAAUCGGGAAACUCCGGAAUCCAGUCGCUGAUCGGUCUGCUCUGUAUACCAAAUAUGGAAGUGAGGCGAGGCCUGUUGGAGGUCAUGUAUGAAAUAUUCCGACUUCCCGUUCCCGUUGUGACGCAGGAUUUUAUUGAAGCACUUCUCAGUGUCGACCCCAGUAGGUUUCAGGACAGUUGGAGACUGUCCGACGGCUUUGUGGCCUCGGAGGCUAAAGUGAUCCUCCCGCAUCGAGCGAGGUCGAGACCGGACCUGAUGGACAACUACCUAGCCUUGGUUCUGUCUGCCUUCAUCAGCAGCGGACUCCUGGAGGGCCUGGUGGAGGUCAUCACCAGCAGUGAUGAUCACAUCUCCGUGCGGGCCACCAUUCUCCUGGGGCAGCUUCUGCACAUGGCCAACACCAUCCUCCCUCACUCACACAGUCACCAUCUGCACUGCCUGCCCACCCUCAUGAACAUGGCAGCCUCGUUCGACAUCUCGCAGGAGAAGAGACUACGGGCAAGCGCUGCAGUCAACUACCUGAAACGCUUCCAUGAGAAGAAGAAGCGUGGGCCCAAGCCUCACAGCCUAUACCUGGACCACAUCAUCCGCAAAGCCAUGGUGGUCCACAGCCGGCGAGAGCAGCACCACCGCGUCCAGAAGGACGUUUCCAUCAUCAAGGACACAGAGGAAGCUCUUCUCAUGAACAUACGUGACAGUCAUAUCCUCAACCACAAGCAGAACCUGGAGUGGAACUGGGUACUGAUCGCCACCAUCCUGAAGUGGCCAAAUGUGAACCUACGGAACAAAGAUGAACAGAUGCACAAGUUUGUGCGCCGGCUGCUGUACUUCUUCAAGCCCAGUAGUAAGCUGUUUGCCAGCCUGGACCUGGAGCACAACAAGGCGAGGCAGCUGACUGUGGCCGGGUGCCAGUUCAUCGAGUUCCUGCUGGAGUCAGAUGAGGAUGGGCAGACCUAUCUGGAGGAGCUGGUGAGGGACAUCGAGCAGUGGCUGUCCUGCUCCUCCGGACUCAAGCCGGACCGCAGUCUCCAGAGCAAUGGCCUGCUGACCACACUCAGCCAACAUUACUUUCUCUUCCUGGGCACGCUGUCUGCCAACCCCAGCGGUGUCAAGAUGCUGGAGAAGUGCAAUGUCUUCCAGUGCCUCCUUAACCUGUGCUCGCUGAAGAACCAGGACACUCUGUUGAAGUUGACGGUGUCCACGUUGGACUACAGCCGCGACGGCCUGGCUCGAGUCAUUCUGUCCAAGAUCCUCACGGCGUCCACAGACAACUGCAGGUUGUAUUCCACCAAGCAUCUGCGAGUACUUCUGCGUGCCAAUGUGGAAUUCUUCAGCAACUGGGGCAUCGAGCUGCUGGUCACACAGCUGCAUGACCGCAGCAAGGCCGUCUCCAUGGAGGCACUGGACAUCCUAGAUGAGGCCUGUGAGGACAAGGCCAACCUCCAUGCCCUCAUCCAGAUGAAACCUGCCCUCACCCACCUGGGUGACAAGGGAGUCCUGCUGCUCCUACGGUUCCUGUCCAUUCCAAAGGGCUUCUCCUACCUCAGCCAGAGGGGCUACGUCAACCGUCAGCUUGAGAAGUGGCAGAAGGAAUACAACCUGAAGUAUGUGGAUCUGGUGGAGGACCAGCUGAACGAAGCUCUCACCACGUACCGCAAACCUGUUGAUGGGGACAACUACGUCCGCCGAAGCAACCAAAGGUUACAAAGACCAAACGUUUACCUUCCUGUGCACUUGUAUGCUCAGCUGGUCCACGAUAAGACGGGGUGCCACUUGCUGGAAGCUCAGAACGUGGUUCCAGAUCUGAGCUACACAGUUCGCUCCCCGACUCUAGAUAACUGGGAAGGCGUUAAGCAUCUGAAGGCGGCACUCUGGGCCUUGGGUAACAUCGGCUCCUCCAACUGGGGUUUGAACCUGCUCCAGGAGGAAAAUGUGAUCCCAGACAUUGUGGCUCUGGCCCAUCACUGCGAGGUCCUGUCCAUCCGCGGCACCUGCCUGUACGUCCUGGGCCUCAUCUCCAAGACCAAGCAGGGCUGCGAAGUUCUGAAGCAGCAGGGCUGGGAUGCGGUGCGGCAUAGCCGGCGGCAGCCUUGGCCCGUGGUGCCAGACGAGGUGGAGCGCCAGUCACCCAGCGAGCUGUCCUCGGUGCCCAGCUCACUCAGCCUGAACUCCGAGUCCACCGGCUCGCGGCACAACAGCGAGAGCGAGUCCACGCAGCCCGGCUUCUACAUCCUUGAUGAUGAAAAGUGUGACUUGCUGGGCCUGCCGGAGGAGCUCCCGCUGUACAUGCGCUCCAAGCCCCAGAAGGACCGCGGCCCUUUCACUCUGUUGCCGUCAGGCAGCUCGGUGCGGCGGCGCCUGCUUAGCACUCUCACCCUGCCCAGUAAGAAGCUCCGAGGUACUGGCGAUCCCAAGGCUGGCAAGCAGGGGGCUCCACGGCGCAGCCGCACCAUCACGGAGCCCUCCGACAUCUCUCCUGUCUACAAUGGCGGCCGCCUGGCCACUAGCCCGUCCGUCAGCGUGGAGACGUCCUUUCUGGGCUGCCGGGACGAUCGGGUGGGCGGGACUGCCAUCCUAGAGGUGGAGUCUAAGCUGGGUAGGGGUGGGGCCGAGAGUCACCGGGAACCCGGUAGCCGCGAGCGAUUGGCUGGAGAUGGCUCCUCCUCCUCGUCCUCAGGAGGGGGCGGGGCCCAGUUCAAGAGCCGCAGCCAGAGUUUCAACACGGACACGACGACCAGCGGCAUCAGCUCCAUGAGCUCGAGCCCGUCCCGUGAGACAGUGGCCGGCGUGGAUUCGUCGGCGGGUGACACAGACUGCGUCAGCCUGGACACGGUGAUCAGCGCGCGCACAGUGCGGACGUUGUGCUCGCUUACGCCACAGUCCAACCACCUGCCACUGUCCAAGUCUAGUUCGGCAUCGCUGGUGCCGCCUGGCUCCGCCCACACGCUGCCACGCCGAGCCCAGUCACUCAAGUCACCCUCGGUGUCGGCCAUCCGCAGCCUGGCGGACUGCAGCUUUGCAUACACCAGCCCGCGGGACGCACUAGGCUAUGCCACGCUCAAGCGGCUGCAGCAGCAGCGCAUCCACCCGUCGCUGUCGCACAGCGAAGCACUGGCCUCCCCCGCCAAGGACGUGCUCUUCACCGACACCAUCACCAUGAAGGCCGGCAGCCUGGACUCCAGGCUCACACCCCGCAGGUUCCUUAAGGCUCUGAGCUUCGCCUCUCUGGACAAAGAGGAGCUCCUAAGCCCCAUCAGCCAGACCACCCUGCACCGGUCCUGUUCUGUACGCUCUAUGGUCUCCAAUGCCACCUUUGGGUGCAACGAUGACUACAUCGGCCUGGCUCUGCCCAUGGACGUCAACGACAUGUUUCAGGUGAAGGAGACCCCGUACUUUAAGCAGAGCACAAGCCCACCGUCUGAGGACAAGAGUCCCAAAUUCUUCUUUGGAGAUGCGGACGGUCCCCGGUCAGGCGCCCCCCCUCCACUGCGCCCCCAGAUCAGCAUCACGGAGCUGGUGAGUGGCAGCCGUGCCGGGCUGGAUGAGGAGACGGGCCUGCAGGAUCAUCGCGACGACAACUGUCUGUACUGCGUGGCCAUCCAGGUGCUGGGAGGCUACGCCCACAGCCAGGCCGACACCCCCCACAACCGCACGGACUUCCCCGACGUGCCGUACUCUGAUUGGUGCAGCCAGCCCAUCCAUAGCCACCUGGAGGUCACGGCCCAGUCCAAGUUCUCCGGCAUCUCCGGCUGCAGCGACAUGUCCCAGGGCUCUGGGUGUGGCACGCCCAACGCCCAGCUGGUCUUGGGCGGAAAGCCCAUUUCGGAGGACGCGCCAGCCUGCCGCGCCCUGCUGCGGAAGGAGGUGCUUCGGCUGGUGGUGAAUCUCAGCUCCUCUGUGGGCACCAAGGGCCAUGAGACGGGCUUGCUGACGAUCAAAGAGAAGUUCCCGUACGCCUUCGACGACGUCUGCCUGUACUCGGAGGUGUCCCACCUGCUGGCUCACUGCGUGUUCCGCCUGGCCUCCCGCCGCUUCAUCCAGGAGCUCUUCCAGGACGUCCAGUUCACCCCGAUGUAUGAGGAAGCCGAUGUUGUCCUUAGCAGUCCAAAGCACGCUGCUGCCAACUCGUCGGAAUGCUGAUCGUCCUGCACCUUUCUGUGACUGCACUUGGACUCCUACAUUGCAAGCCCCAGAUCCCACCUCCCCAACUCACGUGGAGCGGGCCGUACCUCAGACAGAGCGGACGUGGGAUUGGCGGGAGUUUCUCGGAAUGUCCUCUGCCUGCGCGCUCUGGUCCGCGUCCUGACUGGGUUUCGCGGGCAGCUGCAUCUUUCACUGAACAUCCCUCCCUGCUGGCGUGUACAGCUUGGACUCUGGUAAUGAAAGUGACCCGGGUGCAUGGACCACAUGGAGGGCCUCGAACCGGGAACUGUCUGGUGUCAGCUUUCCGCCGUGGUUUUCUAGUUUCUCGUUCUGUGAGUGAGCAUCCUGUAACCGGAAAAAAUGACAAACGUGCGCUGUUCCCCCCCGCCUGCCUCCCCUCACCCCGCCGGGUACCCAUCCCCUCGCUGUGUAACACUAACGAGCUGCCAUUAACUGGGAACUCCGUUCCCAUAUACGGUGAUGGGAGGCAGGGCCUAACACCGCCUGUCAUGUGAUCAAACAGAAACACUGUACAGUAUUUCUUUUCCUCUACUGUUCUCUUUUCACAUUGUUCAGCCAAUCAGGUGUCAGAGUCGUGGGCCCUCCCUGUCUCCCCUUGGGGGGCGGAGCUGGAGGCGAUGGCGAUGGCGUAAUGGAAGCGCGAGUGGUGCCAGCUUCCUGUUGUGUUUUACGUCAGUUUCCCCUUUUUUGUUGCUGUUUUUAUUCUCUGCUCUUCAGGUUGGGGGAGGGGGGCAAAUUUGCAAGCCAAAUUUCCUAAUUAAGUUGUGGGAAAUGCACAGGGAAUGAAAUGGAUGCAGAAAAAGCAGUGGAACCAUUUGGGUUUGGGCAUCCAUCUCCUUGGGCAGGUUGGGUCUGUGUGUGCCAGUGUGUAUGUAUGUAUAGAUGCAGGUACAUACCUGCCGUGUGUGUGUGUGUGUCUGUGUGUGUGUGUGUGUGUCUGUGUAUGUGUGUGUGUGAGAGAAUUCUUGCAUUUUUACCCUCCAUAUUCCUCUGGACUGGUGUAAGAUCUUGGCUGCGUUUGGUCUCAGCGGCUCUGGUCCGUCCAGCUGGCUCGUUGUUAAUACAGCUCCAGGAACAUUUGAGUGGAAUCACACGGAGCUUAAGGUGACAUUUGUUAUAUUAUUCCUGAAACGGUCUGCAUUACAUCGUCCUUAAAGAGCAAAGCAGUUCAGAGGAGACACAAGGACAGUGGGUCUUCACCUCAGUGGCUGGACCGUCAUGCUUAAAUCACUUUAAUUUUAUAGUUUUUUUUUUUUUUCUUGUUUUUUUAAGAAAGAUUUUUGUAUUUUCUUUGGAUCCCAUGGAUGGAACAGAAUUCAGCAGAAUUGUAAUUUAUUGUAGUAUCUAAUGAAUUUCCGAGUCACCGGUACUUCCUGCGUCUGUCUGGGUUUCUGUGACGUGCCGUUUCUGUCCCAGACCUUCUUGCCACAUCUUCCUGCCCAGGAUCAUUGCUGGCGCCACCUGUGACUGCCCUUUCCUCCUGUGCACAAAAAAGAUGGCCGCUGUGCAUCUUCACCAACCCGGGAUCAUGACCACGUGAACUGGGAUGUUCUUGGAAAACCCAUUGGAUCUGUUACCGUGGUGAUGUUGCCUAAGAGCAGUUCGGCAUACCCGCCCAUCCUGGCCUUGGUUGACCAUAUUAUCACUUAAGGAAUUCGUUUGGGAUGGUUAUACUGGAUUUACGGGGCCCUGAUAUGGGUUUACUUGGUAUUCCCUAAGUGGCUGGCUGCUUUUUGUGAGGAGGAUCCGGCAGUGGCAUUAGAAAAUUAAAGCCAAAAGGGAGGGGCUGGACGCAUCGCGCUGAUUGGACGCUUGCUGCCAUGUGACUGCAGAAUGAGCCCGGAGGGAGUCUAUCCUGGCUGAGCAGAAGAGGAAAGCUCUUCCCCUUUUUUCCUGAUUGGUGCUGAAGUGUACAGAUAGCAUGUGCUGACUGCAUGGUAGAUCUUGGUUCAAUUUACCCAUUUUAAAUGUGUUUACUUUUUUUAACAUUUUAUUCUUCCUGAAACCUUUAAUUAAUUGUUCCCAUGAAUGGUGAAUAUCAUUUGGGAAUAUGACAGUAACUUUAAAAGAAGAACAGAAAUACAUGAAUAUGUAAUAUUCAGAAUUCAGUUUCCAUCCAUUUCUAGCCGAGGCCAGGAGAGGGCUUGGUAAUCGCUUUAGUAUUGGGGAAAAAACGCCCCCCUUCUUUAUUUGGUUAUUUUAUUGUUAUUUUUGUUAAUAUGCUGCUACACAUGAGGGUUUGUAGUGAGUAUUUGUAGAUCUCUGAAGGGAUGUUGGAUGUGAUUUAAUAUCUGUACCAUAACUGAACGAGAGAGAAAGAUGAAAAAAAACUAUUUAUAUUUUUUCCUUAAAAUAUUUCAUGAAGCUGUGUAUAAUUUAAUUUGUUUUGUUUUUGCCCAAGUUGUGGUUUUCCUUGUAAAAUAAAAUGUGUAUAGUACAUUUUGGGGCAUUAAAAAUCCCCAGAAGCAUACAAUCUUAUUAAAGGGUAACAAUGUUAAUAAAAUAAACAUCAACUUCCCAGAA